AUGGCAAACAUUGUGGAAAAGCUCUUCUCUUUGCAAGGCCGUACGGCCGUCGUCACUGGAGGCACAAGGGGGAUUGGACAGGCAAUGGCAUGCUCCCUUGCCGAAGCGGGUUCAGAUGUUAUUCUCAUUCAGAGGGACGAAAGCAACACAGAGACCAAGAAGCAAAUCGAGGCUUUGGGCCGAAAGGCAACCAUCUAUACGGCAGACCUGUCUAACCAAGAGCAUGUCGAAGGCCUCACACAACGCAUAUUGGCCGACGGUCACGACGUAAGCAUCCUAGUGACCUGCGCCGGUAUUCAACGCAGGCAUCCGGCACACAAGUUUCCCAUGAGCGACUGGGAUGAAGUUCUCCAGGUCAACCUCAAGACGGUUUGGACUCUGUGCCGGGACUUGGGGGCCUACAUGCUCACGCGCAGUCCAAACCCGGUAAACGGUCACCGGGGUAGCAUCAUCAACGUGGCCUCGCUUGUCAGCUUCCAAGGGGGUAUCACCGUGCCGGCGUAUGCGGCCGCAAAGGGAGGUAUCGCCCAGCUGACCAAGGCGCUAAGCAACGAGUGGGCGAGCCAGGGUGUCAACGUCAACGCGAUCGCACCAGGAUACGUUGCAACGGACAUGAACGAGGCGCUGAUCAACAACCCCGAACGAGCAGCCAGCAUCUUGGCUAGAAUCCCGGCAGGCAGAUGGGGUACCCCGGAUGACUUCAAGGGUGCCACGGUGUUUCUUGCGGGGGCGGGGAGUCUAUACGUUUCGGGCGAACUGCUUACUGUUGAUGGUGGGUGGAUGGGUCGAUGA